CUUAUGACCAAGGAGAAGAAUAGGAAAACGAAAUAAGCCCCAAGUACUCAAAGAGUCCGAUAUUUCAUUUCAAUAGAAGUGUCCCUUACAACAACAUGAUCCAAGCUCAGUGGCUAGUUUGAUGUUCUGUCGUUCUUUCGUAUAGGAAGUAUCGCCAGGGGAUCAACACAAGGUAAAACUUGCAAAUAGAGAACUACAGAAGAAGUACUUUCACUUUCUAGUACUGGAAAUAGAUACGACAAGAAGUACAACAAACAAGAAGUACGACAAUUAAUAUACCAAAAGAUCACUUACCAGCUGGGUUUACAACUUUCAAUAUUUAUAUAGUGUUGGAUUGUCAGUUAUGACGAUCGUCUAAAACAGAGUCUUUCUUUCUUCGUGAAAGUGUCGGGUGUCGGAGAAGAAAGUUGACGAGAGUGAGAGCUCGUGUCUAUUCGUUUGAAAAGGAACAAAACGCUCUGUAAAAAGGUAAUCGUUUCGUUUGUGAUUUGUUUUUGGUUGGAGGAAGGAAAUCGGACUAAAGAGUAUAUCUGUAGUUUGUUUGUGAUGUUUGUUUCCUUAUGGAAUGGAGGAUGGAGUAUUUAAGUAUUUAAGUUCAUCGUGAUCGUUACGUUGACUUGAGUAAUGAAAUACUACAACUGAUAUCUCAAUCAUCCAAAACUGCACGGAAAUAAUAUUUUCUUCCCACCCAACCCAAAACUCUUUUCCAUCUAAUCACAUACGAAUGAUUCCUUCCCUAUGAUAAUUAAAUAAUCUCUUCACGCGUUGGAUUAUUUAAUUGGCUCAAGAUUUUGUUUCUGAAAUUCACUUUGGAUGAAUGAUCAAAGUCAACAUGAAUUGUUCCGAAUUAUGAAUGAAAAAUACCAAUGAAUUGAAUCUCACCGAGAACACAAAACCAACGUCACUCUGAUCUUUGCCACGCAGUAGAUCCAUCUCAAAUCCGGCCCGGUGUUCUCGCUCAACACCCGACACUGGAAGAUCUCCACAGAUCUGUUUUCGGUCCCUCGAUCACUUUCGACAGUGGCAGCAGGAGAGUAGGUUUCGACGAUCCACCGCACGACCAGAAACCUCAAUCGAAAUCAGUAUGGCCAGCAGUGGCGGAGCCAAGCGAUCGAGAGACGAACUAUCAGCAUCCGAAGAGGAAGCAUUGGUAACAGGUGAAGUUGAACAACCAAAUCAAGCAGAACAAGAUCAUCCCUUUUCGAGCGGAAGCGCAUCAAUGCAGGACCAAGACGAACAGGGUCCAGGGCCAUCAGGCCACAAUCCGCGUUUGACGAAUGCAACAGUCGUUGAUGGUAUCAUGAGCCCUACCGUCAACAACAAUUUUGGUCAUCCGCAGUUUGGAGCGCCGCCGAGCCAGCGACCGACGAUCCUGCCACCAGGACUCACACCAAGUCCAGUUCAACCGACACCACCAGGACUUCCUCCACAACUACCAUCAAAUAACAAUGGUAACACAGGAAAUCAGCCGCAAGAUGGGAAUCAGCGUAGCUCCCAUGGUCAAGAAUUACCUUCCAGAUUUGACCACGCCAUCGCACAAGAGCUGACUCGUUCCCGAGGUCAUCUAGCGCAGGGAGUUGUAAAUCUGGGAUCCAAUCAAGAGCAGAUCGCAACAGAGCAAAUGAGGCAGGCCUCCAUGUUGUACUCGGUUGACUCAGUGCUUCAACAGGGAGAAGAAAACUUCCAACGGUUUGCAUCUACUGCUAAUCACAACUUCCAGCACAACAUCGAUCUAGUCAAUGGAAGGAUUGAGAACAACGGUCGAACACUGGAAGGACUGCAAAAGCAAGUGGUUGACAUGCAGUCAAAUCAGCAGAGACAAGAGGAGAUAGCCACGAAAUUCAGCCAAAACAUCACAGAGGUGCAACUGCUCCGUGAUCAAAUUGGGAAUCUGACACAGAUGAUGAGUGCGAUGCAAGUGGGAGGUGGAGUUGGGAAAGGAGGACCAAAUUUCCAGGGGGAGCAUCAGCGUGCCUUCGCAGUGGAUAACAACGGACGUCCUCAACCAAUCCCAGCUGUGCACUUCAACAUUGGCACAGGCAACCACAGCGGGCACGGUACUCCGACUGUAGACGGACAUCAAAAUCAUAGAGUUCCACCACCUACGCCAGGUUCGAGAUGGUUCGACAGCUAUGGUUUCAACGCAAACACCGGAAAAGGAAGUGGAGGACCACCACAGCCACCUGUGUGUGCCGUAUGUGGUGUUGCAGGACAUGUUGCUGCAAAUUGUCCAACAUUACGCCACGAAAAUAACGGUGGAGGUCAUGUAGUACGAUGCUUUCAUUGUGGAGCAGUCGGACACACAGCUGCGUUCUGCCCUCUACACCCACAGCAGACGUAUAAUCAUGGCACGGGCAAUCAAAGCGGACAUGGGAGUAACUUCUUCAAUGGCAUUCCACAACCUGGCUUCUACCGAGCAAACAUUUUAGGAGACCACCUACCGAUCCGGAGCACCAGUAGGCAGAAUGAUGAUGGGGCAGUCAGAAAGAAGCUGUGGGAUUUCCAACAUCUAGACUUCGAGUCCAAAUACAUCGAAGACACUCAAGGACUUAGGGCGCCCUCUAGUCUAGUUCGCAAAAUGAAGGACAAGCUACCAGAAAGACAUCCUCCACGCCGUGAACACUACAAAUCAGUGGUUGAGUUCCUUUCUGCGCUCGAGAAUUAUCUUCUAGAAUGUCUUGCUACUCCUAGUGGAAACGCAUCCGACGCAUACUUAUUUCCCUGGGAGGCAGAACAAUCAAUCAUCGAGCAGAUUCUAUUCGACCACGACAAGGACUCGAGCAACAAGUGGAGGAACGUCUUAACCGAUCCGGUGAAGAAACGCCUUAGAGUCAUUGGAUUCGAUCUAGUAGAGCGAGGAACUCUGACUUUCAAGAACUUACGGCAUCGCCUUUUUGAAUGUUUCGGGGAUGACUUCAUCAUCAAUCGAUCUGAACGAGAAGCAUGCCUCAACUUCAAGAGGCUUCCAGGCGAAAGCGAAGCAGAAGUCAUCAGACGUUUCUGCGAAGUAGCACUCAAGGCAGGACCUGACUACAAUCCGUUCCCAGAGCACAAGGGAGCACGUGAUCGAGUCUGGCAAGAUUUCAAGCGUGUUGUGCACCCUCCACUAUCCGAACAUCUGAUCAGAGCAGUGCUGACGGAUCCUCUCUAUCGACACGUUAAUCAGGGCAUUGUUCAUUUUGAACAUCUCCUGGAAUACUUGUCCAUCACGGAACAGGCUGAGCAAACCGCAAGAUCCUCUUCGAGAGGAGCCUCUUCUAGUGUCGGCGCAGUGAAAGAACAAGUAGCACUAGUCGGAGAAGGGAGAGUCGCACUCGGGACAGAUGAUCAAGCAGCCGAAGAAAUUUACGCUGCGAGAGCUAAUCCGAAAUCAAGUACGGCUUAUGAUCCAUCGAGACCAGGAGGGCGAUGGGAUCAGCGACAGGGGAAUGCGGCAAAUGGAGGACACAACAACCACGGAGGUGGAAAUAAUUCUAGUGGUUUUCGUCCGCGAGGUAAUUUCGUCAAGAAAUCCAGAAUGUCAUGCUGGACUUGUGGAGGAGAUCAUAAGAAGCAAGACUGCGUGUUUCCUGAGAAAGUAUGUCGCAAAUGCUUCAGCGACAAACACUUCGAAGGCGAAUGUGACGUAGCUCCCAAAGAUCAGGCCGCUCAGAGAAUGCGAAAUCUCGAGUUUGCAAAACUACAAGUGAAGGACAAGGUUGGAGUGAUUCUAGAUCUUCUACCUGAAGCAGAAAAAGGACAAGUGAUCCUCACAGUUGUAGGCAGCGACGAGAGGGAGCGUGUCUUUGUGCUUGACGACGGAAGUCGCGACCACACCUGUUUCGAACGUGUCUACUGCGUCGAGACGGAGCCAGAGUCAAUCCCAAGUAGUGCCACCGAACCAGAACAGGUUGCCAAGGUGGUCGAGGCCAGUUCUUCUACAUCUUCUUUCCCCUCCACGGCAAACAAGGAUAGCAGGGGUGGAAAUGAUGACGUAGUGGUGGACAGACGAGGAAAUUGGUGUCCAGGCUCCAACUGCAUCACAUGGGCCAAGAUCAAAUGUGGGAAAUGCAACACAUGCUGGUGCCCUCGUCACGUGAGCGAGCACGACUGUGAAGAAGUCCGCGUCACAACGGAGAACAGUCAAAGUUUCCUGAGGGAAGCUCUAUGACUGGCUGCGUCCCGGGCACGACGUAAAACUGCGCCCUGCCGUGUUGACGGUGUACCCUCAAAAAGAAGAAGAAGAAGAAGAGAAUGAAGGAAGAGAAGGGGAAAAAACAGUGAGGAGGGUGGCAUCAGAAAGAGCUGAGACCACAAGAAGAGACAGGAAGUGACAGGGAGAACCGCCGCUGGCCGCGCGUCCGCGCGCGCCAUCGCAGGACUCAAAAAACCAUCAAAAACUGGACGUGGCGACAUCGUUGCUACGGGCUCAGCACGAGGAGGAGGCGGGGGCCCCUGUCACUUCCCCCCCCCAAAAAGAAAAAAAAGUAGGACCAUUCAGGGGGAAGCACUCGACCAAAGCAGAAGAAAAAGGAAGGAGAAGCAAAGCAGGAAGAAAAAGGAGAGACUCAAGGAAACGAAGAAAAUAAAAAAGAAGGAAGGGGAGAGGCUGGCCUGAAGCAAUGCAAAAGGCAAAGGGGCCCCAUGAUCGGGACAGCCGGCCAUGAUGGAACGAAAAAAAGGGGGAGGAUAGACGCUCCAGAUCUAACCUCCGACCAGGCGCCCUCUGGGAAAAGGUCGGAGACGCAAUGGCCACGAGGCAGAGGGCAUGGGAAUAGCCCCCCAAAACUGGGGCCCCACUUCUGUAGAAGCAGACGGGAAACGGAGGGGCAGGGCUCCGAGCGGCCCUCGGCGUAGUGACUGGACUGACCGAAAACAUGCCCCGGAACUUCCGGCCAGGGCGCCGGCCUCGGCGGUAAGCGCCCUGACCAGCCAAAAAAGACAACGACCGAAAAUAUACCCUGACCUUUUCGGUCGGCCCUUCAGUAAGGUCCAACCGGGGCCGCGAGCCGCCUGAUGAUCCGAAGGAGGCAAGAAUAAGAAUUAUCGGGCAAACAACGGCUAGGACCAGGCAAACAACGGCUAGGACCAGGCUGAGUAAGAAUGUGACUGGUGCGCGCCCUGGACCUGAAUAGAGAAAGGUCGAGCGAUCGGGUCGAAGUAGGGAGAUGAUUGCUCUAAGGAUAGGCGCCCCGGGUGUCUGAUCGUCAAGGGCUGGGAAUGAGGAAAGAUGAUCAAUAAAUGGGCGCCCAAAAGUGCGACCGAAAAAAGACCCGUAUAAUUUCGGUCGCGCUUUUCGGCCAGUGGAGUCACCAAGGGGGAAGGUGACCCUACAUCAGGAAGAGGUGAACAAAUGUCGCGACCUGGUCGCUGCCCAAAAGUGCGACCGANAGGCAGACGAGACGUCAGACCUCACCCUUGCGCUGUGUGAUCUGAGUAAAGCCUUUGAUCGGGCGAGAAGGGACAAGCUCUGGAGGAUCAUGCUGGAACUAGGUGCCCCAGCCGGAUACGUCGAGAAGGUGAGGAACUUACAUAAAAGAACGCGGAUGGUGUCGCAGUGGGGAAAGCACCGAGCAGAAGAGACAGCAAUCGACCUCGGAGUGUAUCAGGGGUCGCCAAUAUCCCCCUAUCUCUUCAUCAUUUACACGCUUGCGAUGAAUGAAGAAAUCGAACGAAGACUAGAGGGGGAAGGAUUGAGGGGAGUAGAAGUAACCAAGCCAGCAAACGCGACCGAGGAACCACGGAAAGGCUGGCAGAACAGCCAGCGCAAAUGGAAGCCAAGGGCGAAGAAGUGGGGCAAUCCAGCCCCCGAAGAGAGACAGCCGCGCAGAGGGGUGGUCCUGGAGCACCCAAGCGUGCGAGGGGCUGACAGAGACACAGACAGGGCCUUCAGCCUCACCAUAUACGCUGACGACACAAGCAUUUGGGGACACACGGUGGAGAAGACAGUCCGGGCGGUGGAGAUUUUCGAGGAAGUAGGGCAGGAUUACAACAUGAUAGUAAACAAAUCAAAAACGGAGAUUCUCACGCGGGAGAAACUGACCUACCAGGAGAGGAAGGCCCUAAAUGAAAGACUAGGAAACAGCGACCUCGAGGCAAAAGGUACAGACUUGAUUAAAAGAAACGGGCGUCUAGUAGGGGACAUCAUCAACAUCUACGGCGCCACACAGCCGGAGGUGGCUGACCGGCUGAACAAGGCCAAAAAGGUCGCGAGGAUGAUCAGCCCGCUCCUGAGAGAUGAGGACAUUGAUCAACAUGACAGGAAGAUGCUAGUCGAAGCCCUGGUGGACACCGUCUUACUCUACGGGCUCGACACGUCUAAACUGUCAGACCAUGACAUGGAGCAGAUGCAGCAAAUCCAGACAAAGCUGGUCCGGGUCGUGGCGGACCCGAAGGAAGAGAAGAGACUCGGAGAGGCCUGGGGAAAGAAGAGAGCGGCCCUACCGCUCACGGAUAUGACAAAGGAGGAGAUCCACGCAGCAUACAGAAUGGUGGAGAAGGAGCAGCGCCUGCCGCAGAAGGAGGCAGACAGGAGAGUCCGCCUCCCCACGGUUCGGAGCAAGUGGGAACGCCUGAGGCUACUGGCAAUAGUCGACAGAUACAGGGAGGAAAAGUGGGGCAGAAGGCUCGGCCCGGGGAUGACCCUCAAGGCCAACGAAGGGCCGAACACAAUGCCCGCCAGGAGAGUCAGACUAGGAGAAAGGGACAACAAGGAGGCGGAGAUAUGGAAGAAAUUCAAGGAGAGACUAGGGAAAUUCCUCCAAAACGAACCGGGGGAGGGGUUCCAUAACAUGGAAGAGCUGAGCGAGGUAAUAGAAAUAAUGCGGAAUCCUGAGAAGCUGGAAGAGACGCCACGCGUACAGACCUGGGUGGAGCGGCUGGGAAUGGCAGACGUGUGGGACCUCGUGACACGCUGCCCGCAGUCGAUCCACUGGAAAGAAUUAUGGAACGCGGCAACGAGAGUCCUGCACAAUACCAAAAGAGGAGAACGAGAAGACAGGGACUGGACGACAUGCAAGCACUGCGGGCAGGAAGGUUUUAAAGGCCCAAAGGGCCUAGUGGCGCACUGGGUAAGGACGGCAAAAAAUUGGAAGGAGGGAGAACGCGCAAGCUGUGGCUACCAGGCUGCAAGCGAAAGAGAGCGAGAAUGGAAGAAGGACCGCGGGGACAUGGUGGACGCCGGUGACCUGGGAAGGCUCUCACAUUUCCAGGAAAUCUACUUGGAGGAAGCAGGACUCAGCCCCGAGGAGGUGAAAGAAGUGGCGCGCGCAUCGCUGAAAGGAAAAAAGUGGCCGUACGUAGGAAACGGCAUCCACAUCCAAGACAAGCAAGAGGCAGAAGAGCUCCUCAAACUUGUGGAAGACUGGGAACACUACGAGCAGACGGGGGAAAUCAUCGACCAAGACAACCGGCGAGCCUGCCCCUGGGGGGUGAAGAAAUGCCAGGGGGCGCAGUCGGAUAUUCGCCGAUGUGGUAUGUGCCAGGUGAUGCACGGCACAGGCCAGGCGCACCAAAAGUGGCUAGAACAGGCCAAAAGGGUAAGAAAGGACGAGAAAAGGUGGGAGGCAUACCACGGGGCCAAGCGAAUGCGCUGGGACCCGAUGACAAAGGUAAAAGCGUGCCCAUACAAAGAGAAGGCGUGUGGCUGGCCGGUGGAGGAACCGGGAAAAUGGUGCGAAGGGUGUAAAAAAAUAGAAGGGGGAGAAAUAUGGGCCACCCACUGCAGGGAAGUAGAGGAGAGAAAAAAAAAGGAGGACCCUGCGGGGAAAGAGCAGGGGGAAAAAGCCAAGGCCCAGAGAAAAAGACAGAGGGAAGAGGAGCGGGACGAUAAGGCAAAAAGAGAGGCCCAACGUAAAGCCCAAAAGAGAGAAGAGACAGAGGAAAAGAGAAGGGAAGGAAAAAAGAGACCCGCGGUCAAACCGCUGGAGGGACUCAGGGAAGGGAAGAAGCCAAAGAAGCCCCCAGGGGCGGAAAAGGCUGGGGGAAAAAAGCGGCCAGCGGAGGAGCCGCUGAUAAACCUCAGAAAAGGGAAGAAGGGGAAGAAGCAGCCAGGAGACCAAGAGGAGGAGAAGGGCAACGCCCUCAAGAAAAGGGGGGCACAGAGCAGCCCAAUAGCAGGGAAGAGGAAGCAGCAACGAGAACAAAGAACAAGGCCGAAAGAGAGGAAAGGAGCCAGCACAGAAGUGAAGAAAAAAGAAGAGAAAGGGCGGAGACCUGGCAAAGGGACCGCUGGACGAAAUGAGGCCAAGAAGACCACGAAGGGAACAGAACAGCAAAAAAAAAAGGCCGAAAUGAAGGGGCCGCUUAAGGGGAGACCCCCCGAUGAAGGGGGAGGCAGUGCAGGAGGGUAAGAGCAAGCGAAACGAGCUCCCCUCGCCUCCUUGGGGUCCCCCGGAGAGGUGGCGGACGCGGGUCUGGCCUCUCUCUGCGGGGUCGAGUAGGGGCAAUCUUUUAUCUUAAAGAGGGCAACCCUCUUAGGUAAAACGAUUGCAGGGAUGAGAUGGCAUCCCGCCCCACCCGAUCGGUGGGUUUACAUCAUCAUCAUCAUCUAUGACUGGCUGGGCACUACUGUAAUUCUGAAGAAAAGGAGGAGGUGGCGGGAGACUUCUGCAUUACUAACUUUGUGGAAAGUCUUGCCGCGCAAGAAGAAGAGGAGAAACGAGGAGAACACAGUAGAUCAUCAGGGAGAGAUGAUGAAAAGGCUAACUCCACAGUAGAAAACAGCUCAGUACAAUGGGACGAUGGAUACAACAACAAGGUAUAUGUAGAUCUUCUUACUGGAGACCAUGUGACGCAGAUUCUUGAAGGUGCAGGAAUUGAGGUGGAAGUAGAUGACUCAGUCUCGAAAGCUGUCGGUCUGGGUGGUGCCACCUCUAGCAUUCUACGAAAGCAGACUCUCGCCUACAUCGUACGAAGAAUGGACCACUCCAUCUACUGUCUCGGUUUUACAUGGGGUUCGGUUUCUCAACUUGGACCAAAUCUGCUAGGUGAACUUCUGCAAGCCAUCAUCUACGCGUCAAUCGUGAGAACGCCCGGAAUGCCAAAACGGGUGGUCGGUUUUGACGGACGAUGGAUUUUGAACUAUGGCGACGAAAACCAAAUCGUGCAGAAAGUUUUUAACUUCAACCAAGUAGAGCUCGAACUUCUGAAAACGAUCCAGCAGGAAAAUCCUCGCAGUAAGUGGUAUCGUCCUGUUUUCUCGGAACCAAUACAACUUCCACCAGGCAUCACUAUGGAAGAUGCUCAGAAGAUGAGACCUUUUGACCCGAGAACUCUUGGAGAAUAUGCGGCAAUGCGGGGAAUUGCUCUAGAGCAAGGAAAUGACCGGACGCCAUUCCAAACUAGGGAAGUCGACGGAAGCAUCAUUGAGGCAAGAAUUGCUACUACAGAGGAGCAAGCAGCACCAAACAAUGAUGACGUUGACAUGUUCGGGGAAAGAUCAUCAGGGUCAAACGCUACCAGCGCGAGAGCAAUCGUGGCACUAGGACUGCCGGAAAAAGACGAGUGCUGGGAAGUGAAGGCAGAGCAACUUCGUAUCACAGGUGACGCUGGGGCUUAUGCCGUUUAUCGUGAAACGCACUACGGUCUGGAAUUCACCCCAGCGGUUCCAUCUUGGCUAGUCAACCGAAUACGACUAAGGAGGAUAAUAUUCGUGGAGCAACAAGAAAGAGCAUGUGCCGACCUUCGAUACGACUGGAAGAGAAGACGCGCUGAACUGGAACCCGUUCCACUUCCAAACGGAAAGAAGAAGUUCAUCACGUGCGACUACUACUUCUUCGUCUCAGACCAUGACGAGGUUCAGACCGAAUCUAAGAAGCAACAAAUACGGACCGAAAUGAUGAAUGGAGCACCAUUCGAUCCGAAAAGAGGAAAACUGUCCAGCGAAGUGCCAAAAGGAUGCCACAUCUUCGACGACCACAUUCUCUAUGAGAAUAUCGGACCAGGAAAAGUAUCGCCUCAAGUCCACAGUGCCCCGUCCGCGAGGGCUCUCCUUUCCGUACCCGGACGACUUCAAGACGUGAAGUGCUACACAUGCAGAGAUCUCAUCGACGUACCAGCAGCCGUCCGUGAAAUGUGUCGCGUUUUCGACAUCGAAGAGUUCGGAAACGAGAACUACUACGCUUUAGCGCCAGAUGUGAGCAAACGCGUGGUGCUCACAGGCUUCUCCACCGAACUACAGGAUAAAGUCAAUAAAAUUGACCUAGCGCACAUCCUUGGUUAUCUCCGGACCCACCCUCGUUGCAUCAUACGUUGCUCGACUGGAAUUGGGAUCUCGGUUGCUUUUGGCGAGAUCUUACAACGACGUCACAAGUUGGGAAUCAUGCACUGCAGCGUCGCUAACGAAUGCUUCGUGCACUCACUCUCGCUUUCAGCUUCGGGCACGGCAACUCGACUACACCACGACGAACAAGUUAGGAUUGCUUCCGCGUUGUCACCCAUGCGACAGCUCUCCUCAGCCGAGCGCAAGAAGAUUAGGCUGAUCCAGGAGAUUCUCUACCACCAAGGGAAACUAACGACGUUCGAGAACUGCCUUAAGCUGGCCAAGGACAAAAUCCGGAACGUCCCAGAAGUAGAACUUCGAGAGCUAGUCCGAGUCGCGCGACAUGAUAGCCUAGCUCGUCUAAGAUACGGCGUUGGUCCGAGAGUGCGAGAUCUCGGCAGUUUUAGCACUCUCGAAACCAUGAGGUCCGGUGGUGUCACAUUAAUUGACACGACCUUCGUCACGUGGCUCGGUUUCAUCUACACCGUAGUAGGUGUGCACUCCGUUGCGGACGGGAGGUCAGGAUUUUAUCUUUGCGGCACAAAGUGGAAGCUUGAUCCUAUCCUAGCACAAGCAAUCAAAGGCAAGAAAAUCACAGAAGAUGAAGCCCAGCGGAUCAAAGAUGGCAUUGUGCUGCAACUAGAUGAUGACCUAGCAGACCGUUUAAUGUCAGGGCGUGGCGCUCCUUCGAAGACCGAUAUUGCUAAAGUCAUCUACAAGGCGAUGGACAGAAAACUCAUCAGACGACGAAUUGUUGGAGAUCGUGGAGUAGAAAACAUCGCUCUGAUUGAUUUUUCGAUGCUGUCCAAAACAGGGCGUGAGAUCACCAUCUUGCCCAAGGGACAAAAAGUGCACAAGCUCGAGCGAAUCUUUCUUGCUCUCAAGACCGCGCUGAUGAAGUGUUUGCUCCUUCCUGAGUGUCAGCUGAUGCCGUUACAGUGGCUUCUCUACGAAAUAGCAGAAUCACUAGCAAACAUCCCAUCCGCUGCUUCUCUCGGGAGAACGCCGAACCAGACAUUCUGGGGUUUGCACGAAGGUGUACCAGAGGGACUCCUACAUCCUUUAGAUGCAGAAGUUGAAUACUUGCGCGCGACGACCUCUGAAGGACGCUUGCAGCAAAUAACAGAAGCUAGAAUUGUCAUCUGGAGCCAAGUCGCUGCGAUGUCAACAGACUUAGACUACGUCAAGGCCACGAGGAAAAUCAUCGCCAACGCACGAGCAGCCUGUCGAGAAUCUGAAGAGUAUCAGCCCGGACAGCAGGUAUUGGUUUAUGACGCUGUCUCGAAGACAAGUAAAGCCGGAGAGAUUGCUGCGCGCAUUCGAACACAGGGUCAAGAACCGUUUGACUAUGUCAUCAACCUACAGCGUGGUAGCACAGUGGCAAGAUCGAGCGUCAUUCAACCUAACGUUAACUUCAACUGUUACCUAGACAUCCCGAACGACCUGCAGCCACUAACCUUUCCUGACUUCAAACAAGACGGCCGGGUCUACGAUGCACAUCGUAAGUGGGAAGGCUUGAACCGACAAUCUGAUGAGCAUGAUUGGCACGAGAGCGCUAUUCAUCAACCGGACAAUGUGGGCCCUUUCUUCUCCCUUUUGACCCCAGGGGAGGGAGUGCAGUCCCAUCGAAGAAAUUUGUCGAAAAAGAAUCGAUCAGCUCUUGACACUAUAGCAGAAGAGGAUGAAGAGGAAAGGGAGGACGAUGCAGAUCCGCACGCCGAAGAUGGUGACAACGACGUUUUGGAACCGCGCGAGAAAGAUCUCGAAGGAGAAGAGAUCUUCGUCAUCGGAGAAGAACAAGCACCGGCAUCUUUCUCAUCCUCGAUCACGACGGAGGAACAGAACGCACUUGACGAGUCCGAAGUUGUUCUAGUAGGGAUCUCACACAACGAAGAGACUGGUGGUGAUGUAGGUGAAGAAGCCGACGAUGGUCCAAGCGACGAAUCUGACCAGUGGAAAACACACUUUCGAUUCCCGAACCGGGAAACGAGAAGAGCCCUGUGGAAACAUCUGAAAGAUGGAAAGCAGGGAGCCCUCAAAGAAAACGAUUUUGUGUACCAACUCAUCCACAAGGCAAUUCUCGAUGGCGCUGUUUGUCCGGUAACUCCUCAUAGUCUAGAACUUCAACGAGAAUGGAUUCCAGAAGACCAAUGCGAGGGAUUAGCAAACCCGAGUCUGCAACAAUCAGUCCGAGUCGUCUGGAACGCGAAGUCGGUCGCUAUAGUAGGAAAUGAAGAUGACUACAGACGUUUCGGAGGUGGCAUCUGUUUACGUUUUGUUUUCUGGGUUCUCGAUCCGACUAAAUCGUACCCCGAACACAAUCUCACCAGCAUUCUGGAACACGAUACGGCCAGACAUCCAGAUACUGUAAACCGUUUGCAGGGUGCCACGAAGUGUGAUGAUUUGGACCAUCAGUUCAUACGAUCUGCGACUGGCCUCAACCGACAGAAGGGAUACACCGCUUCGAUCGACAAAGAGUUCAAUAGCAUUUUCUCCGAAGAUUUAGUGGAAAUCUACAAGGAAGGGGACAAAUGCAGCGCAGAGCGAGUACUCACGUCGAGGGGAAUCGCCGGCAUCAAACUCGUCACUAGAUUCCACUACAAGAAUACACUCAGGCUUUGCCCAGGCGGACAUCUAAGUAGCAUCGAAGCCACCGCUGAAUCACCCACGCUGAGUGACCUUGAGUUCAAACUCAUAAUUUCUUCUCUCAGGAAGAUUCGCGGGCGUAGACUUCUUCGGAGCGGUGACGUCCCCAGAGCAUUCUUGAAGAAUCUACGUUUUAAGGAAGAGAAUCGCCCGAGGUUCUCUUUUCCUUUUAAUAUCGUAGACGAGGAAUCGCUGAACCUGCUGAAAACGAAAUACAACGUCGAUAAGAAGAGCAUCUUCACAAUGAAGAUUUCGCUGUAUGGACUUCGAGAAGCAGCACUCCUUUGGUUCCGAACGCUGACGCAGUUUCUCGAGUCCAUUGGUUUUAGGUCUACUCCAGAGUCGCCGUGCGUAUUUCGAGAUCGUCGUGGAAAUAAAGUGGGAGUGCAUGUAGAUGACUUGCUGUAUGCAGGCGACGAGCAGGGUUUUAAGAUCCUGAGCGAAGCGCUGAAGGCGCGUUUCGGUUUGACCUCGUGGUCUGACGCGAAAACCGGAUUCACGUAUACAGGAAGCCAGAUCAAAGUGUCCGAGUGCGAGCAGGAGGUCCGCAUUGGGAUGCGCCAGAAGAUUGCAGAAAUGCGAACCUCACCGAUUCCCGAUGGUUUCGACAAGAAAGCCGAUCCGAGCACUUUCGAGGUUCUUGAUGCUGAUGGAGUUGGAGAACUCAAGAGUAAGAGAGGCAGUCUGAUCUACAUCGGUAAAUCACACUCAGAGAGCACCUUCCCAGUAAGGUCUCUCGCCUUGGGGUCAGACGUCAAAAAGGACCACCGAUGGACCGAAGAGCAAAACCAAAUCAUCAACAGACUCAAACAACACAGUCCAGGAACGACGAUUGAUCUCUCGUACGAAGAGGAGUACAUCAUUGCCUUUCCGGACGCCUCUGGGCAAACGCCUGCUGUUGAGUCAGACGAUGAAGAUGCAGCUGCUCUGGCUGAUGAGGACAUUCGAACUUUCUUUCGAGAAAACAACGAGGAAGGGAUACUUCUAGGUGGCACUUUUGAGGAGAUCUUCACAGCUCUUGGACAUCAGUCUGCCACUCGCAAACGAGAGCAGAGGAGAAAGCGAGUUGGAGCUGUGAGUCAACCUGGAAACGCGACGAAUGAAAUCGUUGCAAAAGUUCAGAAGUUGAAACCGGUAUUAGGGUGCGUGAUUUUAUCUGUAUCUAAAAGUGACUGGGAUGAGUAUGAACGGAAACAGAAAGGUCUAAAGAGGGUAGCAACUUUGAAGGAGUUUGAAGCACUAGAAACAGUCGACAUUAGAUGCAGUUUCUUAGAUAUUGACACAAUCUUUUCGUCUCUACUUAGUGGUAGCUCCUACGAAUCAGAACUGCACGCGGCCGCAGAAGUAGUUCCAAUUUUGGAGGUAACGUUAUUGAAGUUGGAAGGUUGGGGACAUCCAACUCAGGGCAUACUUCUAUCUGACAAUAAGUCAGCAGUUAUGAGGAUCACUUCAAAGUCAGGCAUUGGCAUGUCUGACGCCGUUGUUUUUAAGGUUUUAGCAAAACUUAAGUCGUGGUACAUGACCACAAAUAUUGAGGUGGGAAGUAUCACUGAUAGAUGUAAUCCGGGAGAUACCGCCACUAAGAUUCAAUCAGGGGCAAAAUUUCAACACUAUCUGGAUGUUUUGAAAGGAAAGUUGAGAAUUCCUGUACAGCAAGCUACAGUUAAGAGAAGAACACACACCUGGGAGAAACCAUUUUCUCAGGACACUACCGAAAUUUAGAGAAAUAAAGUUGUACAGUAAUGAAAAGUUAUGAACAGUGAGUUUUUUUUUUGUUAAAGAUAUUUCUUCACCAGCCUGCAUAUGUUAGUAACCCGAAAGUUUUGUCGUAAUACUCUUGGACAGUAGACAGUAAGUAAAUGUACAUUUAUAUUUGUUUUGAGUGUGAGAAAAAUUUUAAAGUAAAAGGGUAAGGUCGAAAGACGGCAGCUUCUGAGGUUUUGUCAAGUUAGGAAAAACGGUAGAAAAGAAGUUUUCAAAUGAGUCAGUUAAGCCUUGAGUCUUGGAGAUCAAGGGGAUGGGUCCAGUUGAGAGCACUGGUAGUUUCUGCAAAACACAAACGGGAACAUUUGGGGAUGUAUGUCAUCUAAAAUGGUCUGGGCAGAAUGGAAAACUGCGUAAGGGAGGUUUUCAAAGUUUUAACAGGUGGGAGUUAAGGUGAAGGAAAAAUUGCAAUCAAGUUUGGAUUAUUUAAGUUCCGGAUCUUGUUUGAUCCUUGUAUACUUUAUGUACAGUCAAGAAAUUCGGGAAAUAACAGAGCACGGGGAAAGAAAUAGACUCUACUUAGAAAAACUCUUAUGUUAAUAGAUAAGAAAGAUAGCUGAACGGUAACAAUGAAAAAGGGUAGUAGAAAGAAAGAGUAAAUAGAAGGUAGAUAGACUAAGGAAAAGUCGGAAUGAGCGUUACUUUUCGUCUUCUGUUUUUCUCCACCCCCGGGGCACUGUUGGAUUGUCAGUUAUGACGAUCGUCUAAAACAGAGUCUUUCUUUCUUCGUGAAAGUGUCGGGUGUCGGAGAAGAAAGUUGACGAGAGUGAGAGCUCGUGUCUAUUCGUUUGAAAAGGAACAAAACGCUCUGUAAAAAGGUAAUCGUUUCGUUUGUGAUUUGUUUUUGGUUGGAGGAAGGAAAUCGGACUAAAGAGUAUAUCUGUAGUUUGUUUGUGAUGUUUGUUUCCUUAUGGAAUGGAGGAUGGAGUAUUUAAGUAUUUAAGUUCAUCGUGAUCGUUACGUUGACUUGAGUAAUGAAAUACUACAACUGAUAUCUCAAUCAUCCAAAACUGCACGGAAAUAAUAUUUUCUUCCCACCCAACCCAAAACUCUUUUCCAUCUAAUCACAUACGAAUGAUUCCUUCCCUAUGAUAAUUAAAUAAUCUCUUCACGCGUUGGAUUAUUUAAUUGGCUCAAGAUUUUGUUUCUGAAAUUCACUUUGGAUGAAUGAUCAAAGUCAACAUGAAUUGUUCCGAAUUAUGAAUGAAAAAUACCAAUGAAUUGAAUCUCACCGAGAACACAAAACCAACGUCACUCUGAUCUUUGCCACGCAGUAGAUCCAUCUCAAAUCCGGCCCGGUGUUCUCGCUCAACACCCGACACUGGAAGAUCUCCACAGAUCUGUUUUCGGUCCCUCGAUCACUUUCGACAAUAGUUAAUACUUUCAAGCAGUAUAUUAAGAAUAUGAUUAACUACAAUGGUCACAAAGACAAAAAAUCCUCGUUCUUGGGGAUCCUCCCGGGUAUUCCUCACCUGCCUGAUGGGACUUGUUCACGUCACGGUGGUGGAUGCUGCCUGGUUGGUAAAGAUCUUCUCCCCUUCCCAAUAUCCUACUGUCCAUGCGGAAGAAGGACCUUCCCAAGCGGAAGAAGGAGAAGAAGAGACGUCUGUUAUUGUUCCCGGAGGAACACCAGGCUCGUCCGCUCCGACCCGACGUGAUGGAGAAGCAGGUAAUACCUUUUACUGAGGACCGAGGACGUGGUCUCCUUUUCCUUUACGACACGAGAGCGCUUAUUCGUUGUAACUAGAUUCUCAUCUAGUUCUUCUAGUACAUCUUCAGAAGCUUAGACAAGCAUGGUUUCCGCCACCUACUUGUCAGAAACGAUUCUAGAGCCUUGUCAGAAACGAUCACUAGAUGAUGUCCGCAGUACAACUACUUAUUCUGCUCUUUUGUUGUACUUCUUCUUAGCUGUCCUGUGAUUAGAUUACGUAGUUUUACUGGUUCAGUGUUUGAAUGUAGCAUCGCUAUCCACAGUCAUCUGGUUCUUGAUGUCCACACUUAUAAAUAUUCCUAUAUUUCUUGUUCAGAUACCGAGCAGACUGGCUUCUUCCUUUUUAUUCCUAGAAGGUCAGAUAUGCCUAGAUUGGCUUCUUCCUUUUUAUAAGGUUGGGGCUUAGGUCCAGCGGCGCUCAAAGCACUAAGGCAAAGAAGCCGGUGAGUUUUCACCUCUAUCCCUAGGCCUAUCCCUUCAAACAAUACAUUUGCUCAGAUAUUACCGAGGACGCGCCUGACGGCGAACGGACGGAUUCUGCCGACUCAGGAGCAGACGGGAACGAGGAUGCUGACCGAGAGUAUGAAGAAGUAGGAGCUGAUGCAAAUGAACUAAAGGGAGAACUGUCCGACCCCGAGGAGGGCGAAAAAGAGCAACAACAACCAGGGGAGGAAGUAGAAGUAGAAGGCGAACUUGAGAGUCAGCCAGAGGACGAACCCGAAGGCCCGUCAUGGAAAAAAGCUGGAGGAUCGGAGGCUCCAGCAAGGGCGCUUCCCGCAGCUCCCCAUGCAACUCCGGUGGAAACUCCUUCUCAGGCACCCCCUGGUGCAGCUCCUCCUGUCGCUUCUGAUGCCGCGCCUGCUGCAGCUGCUUCCGCAGAUCCUGUUGCAGCUCCUCCUGUCGCUUCUGAUGCCGCUCGCGUGGCAGAUCCUCUUGCAUCGGCUUCCGCAGAUCCUAUUGCCGCUCGCGUGGCAGAUCCUCUUGCAUCGAGAAGAACAGCUGCAGCUUCUGGUGUAAAGUCCGAUGCAGCUUUUGUUGGCACCUCUCCUACGGUGGCUGAACUGGAAGCAUCUGUUACAGUGGUUGACCCAGCAUCUGCCACAGUGGAUGACCCAGUGGAUGACCCAGCAUCUGCCACAGUGGAUGACCCAGCAUCUGCCACAGUAGCUAACCAAGUAAAAGCAUCUGCUGCGGCCUCUGCCCCUGCAGGGGAGGCAACUGUUGAUGCAACCUCUCCAGCAAGUCAGCCUGCUGAGGAGGCUUCGGGCUUGUCACGACCAGAGGAGGCUAAGCUAGGACCUCCAGGGCAGCGACAAAGCAGCCCUCGUCCUGAUGAUGUGCUCAGACCUGCGGUGCAACAAACUAAAACUUCUGCAAUUGCAAAAGCUUUGAGUGCAGUCGGACAGGAUAUCCCAGAUGAGGUUCCUCGAGAAGAAGAUAGACAGCAGGAACCAUCUGAAGGUCCACAAGGUCCACAAGCUGGGGAAGGUCCAGAAGAAGGACAGCAGGAAACACCUGAAGGUGCAGAAGCUGGGGAAGUUCCAGAAGAAGGACAGCAGGAACCAUCUGAAGGUUCAGAAGCUGGGAAAGCUCCAGAAAAAGGUGGAGAGCAGGAAACACCUGAAGGUCCACAAGCUUGGCAAGCUCCAGAGGAAGGUGGAAUCGUACAAGAACAGCAGCCGUCCCCAUCAGAGGAAGAAGAUUCCUUUGCCGGAUUUCUAGACUCUGGACUUGGAGACGAUGUCGAGGAAGAGCCGCUUAACUCUCUAUAUCAAAAGUUUGCUCAUGCGGUUUUCUUCACUCCGCGAACAGGAGGUGGUGUCGGAGAUCGUGAUCUAGGACUCGGAGUUGGACCAUUUCUAGAUGAAGACUACAACUACACAGAAAGAGUUGACGGAAUCUGGCAGCGCUUUAGAGAUCAUAGCGCAUGGAAAACAUUGCUGCGCAAACGCGAAUCAACGAGUCCUUUGGUACUAUGUUUUGAUUUUCUUCCUGAAAUUGAAAUUCCUUUUGCUUGUUCUUGUUUAAAAAUAGAAGUUGUAAGAACUCCUCUACUACGUACUAGUGCUGUUCCUCUAAGUGAAAUAAACAGCAAGAGAACGUCGAAGUGGCUGCAGUGGCUGCAAGAACUGUAAAAAUGAUCCCUCUUCUAAUUUCACGACAGAUGCAAACUAUCAUCGGGAAACUCGAAGGCCUUGUCGCGUCCCACAGGAGCGGAGCAUCUGGCGGAGGACUCGAAAUCACGAGGGACUUGCGCAAAGUCGUAGAGGAACUGAGGAAAAAUAUUACCCCGGAAACGCUGCAGCAGGCUUCUUCGAGAGAGGCGAGUGAAGGACAAGCACUGUUUGCCAUUCUCAACGAUAAUCACGUUCUUCUAGAGAGUCGUGAUCUUGCCGACACCAGAGACCAUAUCUUCGAGGACAGUAGCGAAAGAAGCGGAAACCUAACGGCGAGUAAAAGGGAAGCCCAUGAAGAAGAACGCGAGAGUGUGAGAUAUUUCACGUCUCGAGUAAUUGGACUCUUGGGAGCAACUGUCUUCGACGAGAAUGAAGUGCAGCCUGGACAGGGGAUGCCGGACUUUCUCUUAUGAGAAGAUGUCGAAGUCGAAAAUCUAAAUUAUAUAUAAGUACAUGAUCAUAAAAAUAAAGAUAAACAUGAUGUAGUCUUUUUUCGGUUUUUGUUUUUUCUAGUUAGAUAUGCUCCACCAACAUAAACGUGAUGUAGUCAUUCCCUCUAGACGAGAAUGAAGUGCAGCCUGGACCUCUAAGAGACGAUCGUUUGAAUAGUCUGCAACAAGGUUGCACGCUGCAAGAGUUUUUUGGCCAUGCUUUGACGCUUUUGUUUGCAACGGAAAACGGAGGAGUGGACGAGGAACUGCUAGAGCUAGCGAGCGAUCAGUUUUUCCCUCUCCUGGACGAAAUGCGGAAGAAGCCAGGUUUUCUCCACGUGAUACAAACCGUCACGAUCAUGUGGUGGAAGACGAGAGUGGGCUCUCUUGCUGAAGAAGAUGCAGCACAUGCGCAUGGCCUCAACGUGGGAGGUGAUCAGUCUUCAUCUGGUGCAGCACGAGAUGGCUUAAUAAUUUAAGGCAGCUGUAAUUAUAUACAACAACUCUAGCAAUUACUCGAUGUGGAAAUACUGGCUCUGAAGCUUCCUCGGUACUACGCCUCAACAUUAGAGGGAUAGAAAUCAACACUGUUCAAGAUGUAAUAUGCGUCUCAAAGGAAGGUGGCUCUCUAUCUCUAACAAAGGGGGACGGAAGUUGUCUUGGAAAAAUUCGGCAUUGUUUCGUUGUAUGCGACUGUGAGGCACUACUACUUGCGAGCGUUCGACAGGGCACGAGCAGCCAACUGGCAGGAUGAUCAGCUCACACGCAUUGCCAUAGCCCUGGGAGUCGGUCACAAGAUGAUGCUUGACUAUCAACCGCGGCUCCUGUCAAUAUACAACAACUUGCACGACGAUCAACAACUUGCACGACGGAUUUACAUCACGUUGCAAGAGUUCGAGCAGUUUAUUGUAGAGAAAACACUUGAACAAGCAUUGGCGGCAGGGGAACAACGUAGCAGCAGAAGUUAAGGACGAUGACCUCACGCGAGAACUUGUAAGUAGUUGUAACAAAAUCAAAAGGUUCCUAGAAAAUGAUAUUACGACGAGAAUUCUCAGUUCUAUUUUUUGUUCGCCACUGCUACAAUACUUCAAUUUUUGCUUCUUGAAACCCGAGCGCUAAGAAAAAGACGGCGAGAACCAACUCAUCGGCGUCGACGUGGAUGCCGAUGAACAGUAUCAAGAAUCACAACUGUUGGAUCGCUACAACAAAUGGGCAACGGAAUAUAAUGGGAAACAGAAUCGCACACCACCGACACCAGCACCACGUCCACGUCGAGAACCAGACCAGUACGGAGGUGGUGGGCCACCUGAUGGCUCUGGAGGUGGCGGGCCACGUGGUGGUGGUGGCGGGCCACGUGGUGGCGGUGGAGGAUCCGGUGGCGGUGAUGGCGGCAGCGGCCAUGGGCCACGUGGUGAUGGUGGAUCACGUGACGGUGGCGGAUCUCGUGGCGGUGGCGGUGGCGGCAGCGGCCAUGGGCCACGUGACGGUGGCGGGCCACGUGGCGGAGGACGUAACCCUGGUGGAGGCAAUCAUGACCUUUUUGGAGCUCCUGCUAGCACUAUCGGGAAUGGUCUUCCUAAUAUCUUCAGGAAUAGAAGUACGACAAGUACUAUUUUCAGGAACAACAUUGGAGGAGCACGUGGAAAUACGAGCACUAACAACAGUGGUGGGGCAGCUGAUGCUAAUGGUCUGAUUCUUUCAGGAACUACAACUGGGCCAAACAAUACGGGAACCCCUACUGUUUUCCUACCGGCGACCACACGCCGGAGUUGGAAAAACUGGGAAAUCUCUCUGGUCGUCAUCUUUCCAACGCUAGCGCUCAUAGCACUAAUUCUCCUCGGCAUCUACUGCUGUGGUCGUGGAAAAAACUAGACUCAGCUGGUGUCGAAAUCGGAAUAUACUACUGUGGUCGUGGAACAAGAAACUAAAAAAGUAGAUCAUGUCGUGGACUAGGACUAUCAGUUGAACAAGUUUCACUGACAGUCUCACCAGAAAGAGCAGAAAAACAGAGGUACUCAAUAAAGUGAAGGGGGACCCAACAGAGGAAAAGGAACGGCAAGACCUAGUACUAGACCUAGUUGUCAACUACGAUUUAAACUUGAUAGGUUAUCACUCGGUCAUCUUGCCCUUUCAAUAGAAAGGCACAAGGGGAUUGAACGGCCUCAAUCACGUUUGACUAACGUAUCACGUGGCAUCAUGACAUGACACACUGUAGAAAAAUAUAACUGUAGUGCUGCUGAACAGAAAGCAGUGCUAUCUUGUUAUCGAAAAACUGUCUCGCAUACGCAUUUUUCGGAAACUGAGUUGUAACGAUGUGCUAGUAUAAGUUGUAAGAGUUGUACUGUAAAAAAGUAUGACUCAAGAUGUCAUCACUUGCAGAAUAAAAAUGCCUUAUGCUUAUCAUUAUAAAUAUAUACCUUGCAUGAUAUGUGAAUGUUACGAGUCUGUGUGUAUGUUGGCGCACGACACUGUAUGCUAAAAAUAGGUAAUGUAAUUGGUGCUUGUAGAAAAAAAAAGCACUGGUGCUUGUAGAAAAAAAAGCACUAGUAUGAGAUGAAGUAGAUGUAGUUUUUGGUGUCCUUCUAUGUCUAUAGCUCGCUUGUUUCGUAGAUGGUACAUACUAUGAAGAAUAAGGCUCUAUUUGUAGUACAAAUAAGCUAUAAUAGUACUGGCGCGCCCAAGCGAGAUCUAUAGUACUGGCGCACAAGCGAAAUCUAGUAUUCCAUGCCCCCUCAUGAAAUCUUCAUAACUACAGGGGGUUGAGCGUCGGCGCGUUUGAUAUAUACCUCAGAGAAGUAGGUACGUCACCUCUUCUACCGUCUUGAUCAACAGGUCAAGAGUAGGUACCACGUAGCAGGGCAGGCACCAUGUUGAUCUGUACCCCUACCAAAACAAGCAUGUAAUGUAACAUUAUGGUAAAUCAAAGUCCUUCUUCGUCUUUAAUUAUACAACUAGUUCGUUGAUAGUAGAAUAAGAAGAAACGAAAAGGAUUGACCGUAUCUAUAGGUCUUGGUUAUCGUGAGCUGCAACUUUAGUUUUGAUAUAAAGAGCUUGGGGCGACAUACAGUGAAGCCCGCCAUUGCCAUCACCAAUUUGUGACGCUCACUAGAGGGUACUUUAUCUACUUUCAAUCACGUGAUGUAGCAUUAGAGUAUUCAUGCACGUUUUACCAGUGACCUAAGUAGUUGUAGUCAUGCUUCCACAUCGUCAGCGCCCGCUUGUUUUUUUCAUUUCGUGCACCACGACUGGAGGCCUGACUACUCCGUUUCAAUCCAAUGCGUAGAUAACACCUAGAUUGUUGAUGUCAUGUACCACCAAGGCCAAGGAUAGGCACACCACUUCAAAAGAAGUUCAUCUACCACGACUGCUGUACUAGGGAGCCGUUUUGUGUCUGAACAAGUAAUGUACGAUGUACAUCUCCACCUCGUUAUAAUAGAUGACUCGUUCUUCUUCAAGAGACUCAGAUGAAAGGAAGACUUCAGUUUAAUUAUCCAACGUCAGAACGCUGUUGCAGACACAAUUCUGACUCUCCAACUUCAUAAGUAGAGACACAUUUUUGAGAUUGUGGUCUUACCUACAGUUGGGACACGCACUUGCAUUUUGACCUGUGGUCUAAGGAGAAAAAACACGCUUGAAAAAAUUGAGCACUGCAGUUUCAUGGCCUUUCAAGAGGAAAUGCUGAGCCCAUUUGCAGAAUGGAACUAUCGCAAAUUUCAUUUUUUGAUGCUUUCUUGCUUGGCCGACCUCACACGA